UUUCAUCCCAACCAAAGUUAAAUUUAAUCAACGGCUUACUACAUGACAGUUAUUAAUAGAUAAUAGGUUAGUUUUCUUACAACAGGCAUGGACAACGUUACUCUGAUUUGUAAAAUGGAUAAUUACGAUCUUACCUCGUUCUAAUGUGAAAACCACCUAAAGUACAAAGCCAAUACCAUGGAACAUAAAGAUUUAAGAGUACUGCCAUUACACAAGUUUCCACAAUAUUUAAAACCAUGCUGUGAUUUAAUAAACGAAGAAUGGCCUCGUAGCGAAACGGCAAGGAUGAUGUCUCUACAAGCCUCCUGUGACGAUUUACCGACAAGUUUAAUUUUAAUAGAUGAUCAAAGGCACAUCCUAGGACAUUGUAAGCUUUCACGGAUACCAAGAAUACCACACAGCUGUUUUCUGGAAUCAGUCGUGAUAAGGAAGUCUAUGCGAGGAAAAAAACUAGGAACAUAUCUCAUGGAACAAGUGGAAAACUACUGCAAGCAUGUAUUGAGAUUAAAAAUGGUACAUCUUUCUACUAGAGGCCAAGAGAAUUUUUAUACUAAAUUAGGAUACGAAAUAUGUGAACCGAUCAGUAUUUAUGGAGGGAGUACAAUUAGUUACAAGGCCCCCAUCACCAACAAUAAAAGCCAGCCUCCGAAGCUCAUAAGCUCCAGGAACGAAACUAUCCCCCCACCCCCACCGAUGCCAGUACCUCAGAAAAUCAACAAUGUCGUUAAAAGUAAUAUGACAUACAUGGCAAAAAAAUUUUGAUGGGAUAAUAAUAGAGGUGUACCGAAUUUAUAAAAUAAACAUUGAACAAAACGAGUUGAUUCAUUUGUACCGAGUAAAUUGAUAUUAUAUUAUGUUGUAGAUGAA